CUGAAGUCCGAGCCUCAGCCUGGGACCUUUAAACGGCUGGCAGUUAAGAGUACAAGUCGACGGUGUCAAGGCUGUGGUGUCAGACUUCUUUUGUGCAGAUAUCUGUGAGCGCAGCUGCCAGCCAGGAUGCCUCUAAACGAUGACGAGCAAUCCACCUCCACAUCACGAAGCGAGGACCACGGAAGCGACGCGGAGUCGUCGCUCGCCAGUGACCCAGAUUGCUCCCGCAGCAGCUUCAACAGCGACGGCUCCAGCAAGCACUGCACACCCUCCUCAAGUCCACCCAAAACACUUUCACUCGACGAAGUCAUGGAGACUGCAAGAGACCUUCACGAUCUAAAACUUGCACAUGACAUUGCCAGUUAUGGUCUCCAUGUCGAAGUAAUCCAAGAACCAGCGAACAGUUUAUGGAAAACAGUGAAAGACAACGUCCACAAGGCGUAUUGGGACAUCCUGGAGGCCGAGCUGAACGACGACCCGCCUGAAUAUCGGCACGCCAUUAAAUUAUUAGAGGAGAUCAGAGAGAUGUUGCUGUCUUUCCUGAAUCCGGGCGCCAAUCGGAUGCGGACCCAGAUCAUGGAGGUGCUGGACCUGGACCUGAUUCGUCAGCAGGCUGAAAACAAUGCCGUGGACAUCCAGGGGCUUGCCUCCUACAUCAUCGCCACCAUGGGCAAGCUCUGUGCUCCCAUUAGGGAUGAAGAGAUCAGGAAGCUGCAAGAAAGCACAGAUAACAUAGUUCCACUACUCAAGGAGGUAUUCCGUGUUCUAAACCUGAUGAAUGUAGACAUCAUCAACAGUACAAUCCAAGGCCUGAAGCCUACUCUGCAGCAGUACGGCGUGGAAUACGAGAGGGAAACGUUUCAGAAAAUCCUCGACAAAACACCCACUGCUUUAAAGCGGACCACCUCCUGGAUCGAGUCAGCGCUGGAGGAGCUGCUGCCGCCCACCGUCCCUCCGGGAAAACCUGACGAGGCGGGCAAAGGACUGCGCGCCCUUCCUGGUCCCAUCCAAAUCUUUAACACGGCCUGCCUGCGUUUUCUCACAUGGGGGGACUUUUCUGAGACUCUAGUGCCUGAGACCUGGGUGAUGGACGAAAGCCGUCUGGAAGAUAUUCAGCAGCAGCUCAAGGCGUGUCAGAUAGUGAACGAGGUGCUGCUCAUUGUGAACAGCACCGUCGGGGGGCCGCUCCAGGGGAUCUCAUCGCUCUCUGACCGCUUGAAGAGGAUGAUCACCGUGCUGCUACAGGGGAUGCACAGGCCGCCAGUUCGUCCUACUUUGCUCCCUGCACAAAAACCAAUGGACUUUAACCUGGAAGAAACACUAGAGGGCGUCAGUGCUCAGAUUUGCAGUGAGCUCAACAAGUCUUUGACUGAGAGGAACUACCCCCCACUGAGCCCAGAGCUGCAGGCCUCACUUAGAGGACAGAUCUGCAGCCUCACCCAGAAGGACAACCCCAUCCGCACUCUUGUUGAGGACCGCGUGCAGCAGUACUUCACGGCGCUCCUCUCCGAACCCAAAACCCAGACCAAACUGGAGCAGGUUCCUGCCGGCCUGACUGCCAUCAAGCCCGAACUGGUACUGAUUGGGAAAACGUUCAUCUCUCUGAUCAACUACAACUGGGCUGUCUACGGACCUUUCUAUAUGGACAUCUUCAAGAAGCUGCUGUUUGGUAGCAGCCCACCACGGCCGGUCCAUCAGGAACAAGCGCCGAACUGCCACGUCUCUCCUGAGUAACAGAAAGAGGUUUUUUGUUGUUGUUGUUGUUUGGUCAGGCAUGAAGGGAACCUGAGUAGAUGAGGAGGAAAAAAUGUUCGACCUACUGACUAUGUUACAACAAUAGCUCAAAUAUGAGAUCAAAAUUACAAAAUAGUUAUGUUACAGAUCAACAUUUUUAAGGUUUCGAUCCGUGAACAUUCAUUUUCAGAACCCAAACUGUUACAGUAUUUUAUUCUGACACCCAAGUUAAUCGCUUGCAGGCUGUAAAUAAGUCAACAAAGGGCACAUAGCAAACCUUUAUAAAGCAAUACGGAAAAUGCGUAUAUUUUCAGAGAAGUUUUACAGAUUCCUUCCAUAUACGAGGAUUUUAUUACUGAAACAAGUGCAACAAAGCAGUAUAUUUAAGUUCUAGUAAAAUUGUACUGUACAUAGUAAGUGCCACAUUCAACGCUGACUUUUAUAUGUCAGCACUCUGAUUUCUGUUGUUUGAACCAUAUAUGGGUUUGCGCUACUUGUUUGCAUGAGUAGCUUGUUGUAGAAGUUCUUAUGUUUGCCACAUGUUGUGUUUUUGACUUGUUCCGUUAACACAUUUGCCAGUGGAGGGCUUCUUGUUUGUAUAGGUCUUUGUGUCGCUGCACACCUAAAGAUGCUCAUUUCUGUGUGUUUUUCAGUAUUUGUUGGGCUCGUUUGUUUGUUUGUUUGAACAAAUUGAGGGAGAAAAAGGUGCUGAACUUGUCGGGGGAGUUAAUGCUCAAAGAUUUCCAGCAUACCUUAAUAUGCACAAGGAAACGCAGUUUACAAGAAAACGUGGAAGGUUGAUGUUAUUUUUCCAUGUAGCACAGUUAAUAUAAUAAAACUUGAAUAAAAAGUGUUUUGUUGAUACCAAAUAAA